AUGAACACGGCCACCAUGGCGUACUCCAUGCUCACAGAGUCGUAUAAUAAGAUCCGGGCCAUCUGUGAACGAUACAAUGUAGUGGUAGAAACAGAAGAGGCGUACACGAGGCCUGCAGGCGCUGCAUUCCAGCGUGACGCGUUCCCUACCCCCGAUUUAGAGAACGUUACUGGCUAUGGAUUAAUUGCAGACACCAACAUCAAUAUGACUGGUGGGCUCAGUAAUAUCCUCGAGGAGCCUGCUCCCGAGCCAAAGGACCUCUCUGUCGCAAGGUCCCUCCUUUAUACAGCCGAUCUACCAGCCCCGCCUCCUAUUGAAGAGCCUCCCAGUGAUUUCCACGAUCUGGCGGACCCAGCUGAACAUGAGAUAGUGGAGGCACAAGAAUCGACUCGCAUAAGUGCAAAUGAACAAGUGCUGAUUCAUAAUCCAGACCUAGUGGCGUCUUUGCAAGAUGGCGCUAUGAUUCCUGAAGACAUGCACUCUCUUGUAAGCUCUAAUCCCGGCUUAUUUUCAAACUAUGCUGAGCACGAAAACAUAGAUUCCUCUCAGACAGUUCAUUUGAAAUCCCAAUGUAGGGAGCUAACAACCGACCCCCCAGGGCAGCGGUUGGGAACGCCGGUACGCGCACCCAUGUCCUCCAUAUAA